AUGCGGAUGAACACCACAAAUAACAACUCAGUGAAGUUAAAUGAGAAAGACCUAGAAGAUAUCGAUACCUUCACUUACCUAGAAGGAAUAAUAACAACAAAAGGUGGAUUUGACAAUGACAUGGACAACAGGUUGAAGAAAGCUAAAGGCCAAUUUAGCAGGCUAAGAAAAGUUUGGAGAUCGUCGGUACUGUCAUUUAAAACAAAGGUCAGGUUAUUUAACAGUUUAGUCACAUCAGUCCUUCUAUAUGGAUGUGAAACCUGGAAAACCACCGAACAAGACAAGAAGAAAUUAAACACCUUCCAAAACAGAUGUCUAAGACAGAUACUAAAAAUAAGAUGGCCUGAUAAAAUAUCCAACGAAAACCUUCACAUAAAAGCUGGAACAAAAAAGCUAAGUGAUGAUAUAAUAGAACGAAGAUGGAGAUGGAUUGGUCAUGUACUAAGGAUGGAUACCAACAGAAUAUGCUCAGUUGCACUCACAUGGAAACCUGAGGGAAAGAGAAAAGUUGGACGUCCCAAAACCACAUGGAGACGGACUGUAGAGACUGAAAGAACAUCACUUGGAUGGAACAGCUGGGCUACAGCAAGAACAGCAGCUAAAGACCGUGUAAAAUGGAAAGAAUGUAUCAGGGCCUUAAAUGCCGACCGGCAUGAAGAGGAUAGGUGA